UCAUUUUUUGAACACUCCCUCCCUCACCCUCAGAUCCAUUCCAAACACUUGCAGAUCGCCCCAACUCCAAUUCCAACUCCAACUCCAAACUCCAAACGCCAGGACCUUAGGAUCUUCUUAGCCAAGUUAGUUGUUCUGAUCCCUCAAAUGGUGAGCUCUAACCUCAACAACAAUGCACUGGGAAACAGUGUGGUUGGUUCAUCUGUGUGCCGUAAGCAAUCAACAUUACCGAUGAAAAAGAUAGCAUUGAGAGAUGUACAGAAUGAUAAUAGGAACUUUAUGCCAAAUUAUCCUGAGAAUUGUUUUCUAGGACGACCAGUCGCGGAUCCCAUUAAGGUUUUGGGAACUAAGAUACUCAACCCUGAGUUGCCACGGAGCCCACCUUGUCACCAAUUCACGAGCAUCAGCAGUGCAAGUGAUCAGCUCAUGCAUGGCGGUGGUGGGAGGAAGUUAGAGUCAGCACUAGGCAAGCGAAGAGUUCAAGGUGUGACAGAACAAAAUACUUACUCUCUCAAUUUCAAACGAUAUUGUUCGCAAAAGCAGCAAGACCUACCUAGAGACAGAACCAAGAAUCAGGAACAUGAGAUAUCUGUGUUUGCACCAAUGCCUUCGGCUUCUCCGGUUAAAUUUUCACCUGGUAAACCACCAGUUCCAAUUUUUCUUGGAAAGCCCAGUAAUGGUUUGCCAGCUGCUCAUUCCAGGCACCUUAGAUUCACUCCUGAAUCUGUGGUUCCUCACUUGGUUGGUUCUGAGAAGAACCAUGAUGAGCAAAGGACAGAAGGGUUUCUACAUUUGCAGAACCUCUUGAAGCAAUUUGAUGAUUCUGAUCAGAGAGAAUACAUCCAGACGCUUCGUUAUUUAUCGCCAUCUGAGCUUAGCAGACAUGCCGUUGAGCUAGAGAAAAGAUCAAUGCAGCUAUCAGUUGAGGAAGCAAAAGAGAUCCAAAGGAUGAUGGCUCUAAAUAUAUUGGGGAAGUCUUCAAUGACAAGCAAUUUUUUAUAGGCAAUUUGAGCGUGUUCAGUGCAACAAGUGGAAAGCGAUUGAAGAUUCAAAAUACAUUGAUAUGCUGGUUUUGGUGAUGGCCAGCAGAAUGAACUCUCCCAAAUACCUUGAGCUUACUUUACAGCUCGGGAAUUGUUAGCUGUGAAGUUGAUGCUGACUCUUCUUCUACUGUAAUAUGCCCCUCAUUGCUUUUUCCCUUCCAACAAGAGCAACAGGAGGUAGUCUACUCUUACCAGUAUAAUUUGUUAUCUCUCUCUUUUUUUAUUCUUCUUUUAUGUUUUGUGUGUUUUUUCCACGGCAGAAGAUGUUGUAAUGUAAUUGCUUUAAUUUUGGUGAGACCAGUUAUUUUAG